AUGCAUUUCACCAAGACCCUUGUUUCUCUAUUUGCCCUUGGCUCCUUUGCCUCGGCCUCCUUCUACGAGGCCGAUGAGUCGGUGGAGCUCGCCGCUCGCGAGGCUGAGUUCCUCCAAGCCCGCGCCGAAUACAUCGAGGCUCGCGACAACUACAUCAUGGAGAAGCGUGGCAGCGCCCACCAAGGUGUUUGCUGGGAGAAACAGUGCAAGGAGGCGUUCAAUAAGGGAUUUCGCGUUUGUAGUACUACUGAUUGCAAGAAGAAGCGAGAUGGAGCUAAAUGCACUUGCGACAUGUAA